CUGGGAGAGAGUCCUGACUAACAGGUGGUCUAACACUAGGAAAUACACAUCACCCUCAUUAUCAACACCCCUGCUGCGUCUAAUGUGGAUCCAGUAAAGGAUAUCUGUUCAUCGUUCUCUGGAAUAGCUUGGGGGGUCAUGAAACUGAAUCCACAUCAAGCUCCGUUAUAUGGUAAGGUUGUGAUAACAGUACAGCUAUGUGAUGAAGAGCAGACUGAGGAUGAGGAGGGUGAGGAGUACUUCCUGUUGUUCUCUGGCUCCUCCCAGAGUCACCUGACAAGUGCCUUGUGGAGCGGCCAUGACACUCUGCACACCCUCUGUCCCGCCCAUGACUGCUGUGAGGCGGUGCAGGUCACCCUGUGCAGGGCCCGACCCGGCCACCUCCCGGCCGGUGAAUCCCCGGUGUCUGUGGUGGCGGUGGCGGAGCAGAGGUUCAACUUCGUCCAGGACCUGGCCUUUGACAUGGCCCAGUUUCUGGUGAGCACUGCAGGGAGACCAGAUGGCCUUGAGGGGGCGCUGUUACUCGAUGAGUGUCAGAUCCCUCUGGAGGAAUGUGAGAGACUGGAUGAAAGUCUGUCCCUGGCACUGAGACACCUGGACCUGCCUGAUGGGUGGAACCUACUGGGGACACACCUCAGGAACAUCACUGAGCCCCAGGAGACUUUGGUCCACUUUGCAGCACGGCGGGGUCUUAAGAGGGUAGCUGUGUGGCUCCUACUGCAACCAGGGGCCCCUGAAGCCCUCAGACUGACCAACAGACAGGGGGCCACACCUGCAAGCAUCGCUCAGCAGCGGAGCCACCGAGACCUACACCAGCUCCUCACAAAAGCGGAGACAAAGCCUUACAGAGGGACAGUCCAUCCAUCCUCUACCGGCUCCAGGGUGGUGUGUAACCUUCCCAGGCUGAACACCCAUACCCUGACAGUGGGCACAGCACCGGGCACAGCCCCCCCUACCCUCCAGAGACUGGUGGAGGAGAUGAGACCCCUGGUCAGGGAACAGCAGAACCAGGGAGGAGAGGAGGAGAGCACAGUAGGAAGUGGGGAGGAGGAGAAAGACACAGAUCCCAGAGAUCCACCUGUCCUCAGUGGAGACACAGCAACAACAGAAGACAUGGGACACACUCAGUCCCUGGAAGACGUGUCCAACUCAGAUCCCUCAGACACAGACCUGAAGGAGUGUCUCCAGGAAGGUAAGAGCUGUGUGGGGAGGGAAGCAGACAGCUGUCAGGAGGGCUGCUACACUGUUCACCCAGAGGACCAACCUGCAGACAGUGAAUGGUUAACCACAACAGACUCUAUCCCCACCACUAAGGGUCUGUCAGACUCUGACCCCUCUCCCCUGUCAGACCCUUCUACCCUGGACAAUGGACAGGACAUGCAGGAGGGUACAGCUGACUCUGUGAGAUCAUGUCCUAUAGAGAUAGAGGGCCUCAGUCAGGGUGAACCUCCACUGGAACAAAGUAAGAAAACAGCUUCUGCUAGGGCUGGGGAGGGCUCUGGUGGCUCUGGUGGCUCCACAGAGGAACAGUUUCACCCCUCUGAGAAGGGCAGCUACGGGGCUCAGGAAACUGGACUCCAUUCUGGGGACUGUGAUGAUAGAGAAAUGGGAGAUGCCUAUGGCCCUGUAGAAACAUCUAUGGACCAUGCAGCUGAGAUCUCAGCUAUCAGUGGCUCUAUGGACAGUACAGUAGCAGCAGUAUUAAACUGUGGAGCGCUGCUGUUCUCAGGAAGUGGGCCUGCUGAUAGAGAAUCUGCUGAUACACCACCAGAACCCCUGUUAGAGCCUGAACCCCUGUUAGAGCCUACACCACCAGAACCCCUGUUAGAGCCUAUACCACCACAACCCCUGUUAGAGCCUACACCAACAGAACCCCUGUUAGAGCUUGAACUCGUGUUAGAGCCUGAACCCCUGUUAGAGCCUACACCACCAGAACCCCUGUUAGAGCCUACACCACCAGAACCCCUGUUAGAGCCUACACCACCAGAACCCCUGUUAGAGCCUACACCACCAGAACCCCUGUUAGAGACUACACCAGAACCCCUGUUAGAGUCUACACCAACAGAACCCCUGUUACAGCCUACACCACCAGAACCCCUGUUACAGCCUACACCACCAGAACCCCUGUUACAGCCUACACCACCAGAACCCCUGUUAGAGACUACACCAACAGAACCCCUGCUAGACCCUGAACCCCUGUUAGAGCCCUACACACUAGAACCCCUGUUAGAGCCGACACUCGAGCCCUACAUACCAGAACCCCUAUUAGAGCUGACACUAGAGCCCGCAAUAGAGCAUCACUCAGAGUCCUCAUCAGAGCCUCAGUCAGAGCAGGUGUCCGAGGGGGAACUGCCACUAGAGGGCAGUUACAGACAGGGUGACAGAGAAGGUGAGAGACAGGGUGUCAGACAGGGUAAGCCCAUAGAGGCUGGUGACUCUGGCCUCAGAGCUGAGAUCAUGGAGGGUGUGUUGGGGUCAGAGGUAACAGAGGGGAGAGUGUCUGUACCUGCAGACCUCCAGACAGACCACCAGACAGACUUGCAGGACAGUGAGCCCCCUCCAGAGGACAGGGAUGGGACUAACCCCAUGGAUGGAGACCUCCCGCCCCCAGAAACAGGCUCCAACUCUGGGGGAGCGUCUGGUGGGGCAGGUGGAGAGGAGGGUGGAGAGGGUGUAGAGAUGGAUGGAGAGGAGGGUGGAGAUGGUGUAGAGAUGGAGAUAACGGAGGUCCUACGGAGACCUAGUGAGCCCCCCUCAGUUCUAGGGGAAAACAUUGGAGACCCCUCUGACAGGACAGUGAAUCAGGAGUCCUGUGGCACCAGGGCGGAGGAGGGGUCAGGACACUCAGACAGUCAACCUGCUACAGACCAAGCCCUCAUCCUCGACCCCUCUGUAACCCUCGACCACUCCGUGACCCUAACCCUGACCCUCGACCCCUCUGGGACGUGGUCAGACUGUGGAGAUGGAGAUGAUGUCACUGCUGUAGUGGUGUCCACAUAUACAGGGGAUGUCCCACCUAACAGUCCAGUGUCACCUGAGAACAUACCUGAGAACAUACUUGAGAACCUACCUGAGAAUCUACCUGAGAACGCACCUGAGAUCCUACCUGAGAUCCUACCUGAGAUCCUACCUGAGAGUCUACCUGAAAACCCGCCUGAGAACCCGCCUGAGAACCCGCCUGAGAACCCGCCUGAGAACCCGCCUGAGAACCCGGCUGAGAACCCGCCUGAGAACCCGCCUGAGAUCCCACCUGAGGACAUACCUGAAAACCUACCUGAGAUUCUAUCUGGGAACCGAAGCGAUGCUGUCUGUUCUGCAAGUCACCUUACUGUCCCUGUUGAAGACUGUCAGAGUGUGAGUAGUUUCAGCACUACUCUCCACAAAGACUCAGACAGCGACACUGAGAGCAUCUUCAGCACAGGAGAGGACAGUGUUUUCCACAAGGGGGAUGAUACAGUGAUGGGGGACAGCACCAGUGAGGUGUCUGUAUCCUGUUCCUCCACAGAUGACACAUUCAGCGGGGGUCCGACCAGCUCCAGCCCAGAGAGCUGUGUGGAGGGGGGCCUGGGGGAGGGGGGCUGCAGGGACCACGGCCGCAGCUGGAGCCCUGUAGAGGGCCACACACAAGGGCCCACGGCAAGAGAAGGUCCAGGAGGAGAGGCAGAGGAAGAGGUGAAGGACAGACUGAUGGAGGUGCCACGGCGCCCAGCUAAACAUCGUCCCAGCAUCAGUUCUCUGUCCCCGUUCAGACGCCACAGCUGGGGAGCAGGGAAGAACACAGCAGGAAACGGAGACGUGAACCAAUGCAGGGCCACACAAAGUCCCGGGGAAGGAAAGCCAACGUUUCACAGGAGAAGCUACAGCCUGGAGGGUUUGAGUGAAGUAAGUGAUGAUGGGAAGGGCCCGUCGGCCCUGGGCGCCAUUACCCAGGAGGCCAGGCUGCGUGGAGUGGUCUGUCACCAGGGCAGCAACGAGGAGAGGGUCAGGUCUCUAGAAUCUCUGACUGAAGAACACCAAUCUGAGCUGGGGGUUCGCACCACAGAGCACGGACAGAAGUCCAGGAGGUAUCGUCCGUUGAGACACAGUUGUCCUCCCAUGACACUCCCCCUGACCAAGUCAGUGUCCACGCUCAGAAUCAACCAGAGAGACAUGGAUAGUACCAGGUCAUUCUCCAGCACUUCUGGCUCUCUGGCUUACAGUAUAUCUGAGGAGGACAUAGCGGGUCCCCUGAGGACGGACUUCGAUGGGAAGAGUGGAACCAAGGUUAGCCGAACCUUCAGCUACCUCAAGAACAAGAUAUACAAGAAGACCAGGGAAAAGGAUGGAGAGAAGAGUCGAGACAAAGACGAUAGGAGAGAGGCGAAGGCCAGAGAGAGAUGUACGCUGAACGGACAUCACUUCAGCAUGGUCUCCUCCCAGACACAAUCCUCCUCCUGCCACCAAUGCAGCAAAACCAUCAACACUAAGGAUGCCUUUCUCUGCACCCAUUGCAAUUCACAUGUUCAUAAGAGUUGUAGAGAAAGCCUGCCUGUCUGUGCCAAGGUGAAGAUGAAGUCGCCCAGACAGCAGUUUGCAGUUCCAGAUUCAGCCACCAUUCCUGUUGUCACCCGGAGACCAAAACGAGGGUUAAACCAUUACAAAUAA